AUGCCGCGGGCCGCCGUGGGGCUUGGGCUGACGCCCUGGAGCUUGGAAGAUGGAGGAGCUGCUGAUGGUGGCUUGACUGGUGGAGAUGUGAGUCACUUGGGUGACCGCUACCAUUGGGAUGCGUUUCUCUUUGCCAGGCCUCCUCAGCCUCGUGCGGUCAGCUUUCCCUCCCUGGAGCAGAAGGUCUUCCGCGCGCUGAGCGGCGGCAGUGUGGAAGAGGUGGAAGCGAAGGCUCAAGAGGACGAAGCAGCAGAGGCCGCUCGGCCGCUGAGGAAGCUGCCUUUUUGA